GCCACCCCCAUAGCUGAAACAGAAGCUUCCAUGCUCUCUCUUCUCUCUAUCUCUCUCUCUCUCUCUCUCUCUCUGAUAACUCUAUAAAACUCACUCUCACUGAAGCCAAUUAGCCAAAACUCUCUCUUUCCUAUUGAAAGACCCACUUUUUUCUAUCGGAGCUCCAUGGGAUUCCCAUUCGGGUACACCGAGGUUUUCUUCCCAAACCUUGUUCUCCACGCACUUUCCCUUCUGGGUUUCAUCCGAAACCUCAUUUUCUCCCUCUUUCGCUUCCUGGGUAUCUCAGAUUUUCUGGAAACCGAUGCGAUUUGGCCAGAUGAUCCGACCCGGAUGCCCGAACACAAGCCCGUAUCCGCGCUCCUGAUCCAGGAAUUCCUGCCCGUGAUGAAGUUCCAGGACGUCGUAGGAGUAUCCGGCGCAGGAGACCCGCCUGAAAGCUGUGCGGUCUGUCUGUAUGAGUUCGAGGGAGGGGACGAGAUCAGGUGGUUGAGGAAUUGUAAGCACAUUUUCCACCGGACUUGUCUGGACCGUUGGAUGGACCAUGAUCAGAAAACGUGUCCUCUGUGUAGGACCCAUUUUGUGCCUGAGGAGAUCAAGUGUGAACUCAAUCAACGGCUCUGGACUGCUUCUGGGGCACCUGAUUUUUACAGCGAGUACAGUGAGUACAGCUCGGUUUGAGGGUUUUUGUUGAUUGGGGGUUUUGUAUGGUGGGGUUAUUGAACAUUUGAAAUGUAUAUAACGAAGAAAACGCUACGAAAUAAUAAAAUAGAAAAAUAAAUAAAUAAAUAAUUAAGAGAAAU